AUGGCAAAGGUAACUGAGAAUCCGUCAUUGGCUUCGAGCCAUCCAUCAUCAGGGGGUAUCAGUGAUCUCAACUUUGAUUUCUUUGAUAUACCUGGAAGUCGCCGGGUGCAAGGCAACGCAUUUCCUCUGGGAUUGAAAGUCCAUGACAAUGCUCACGUUUCAGGCAUUGAUGAGGCUGUGAAGUACAUCGAGGAGCUGGCUGAGCGCGGAGUUUUUCGAGAGCUGCUGCAGAAGCAUGGGGUAAUAUUGUUUCGUGGGCUUCCGAUCAGCACUCCGGAUGAUUUCUCGAAGUUCACCAAGGCGUUCAAGUUGCCACAGCCUCACCAAGAAGUCGGGUUGUCUGGCAAGCGAACCACUGUUGGCGAUAAUGUGAAGACGGCGAAUGAGGAACCGUCGCAUGUUAAGUUCUACUACCACAACGAGUAUGGCAGGAGUGCGCACUUUCCCGGAAUUCUGUUUUUCUUCUCGCAAGUUGUGCCAGAACAGGGCGGGCAGUCGCCCCUGCUCUCGACGGUUGAGCUUUACGAACGCCUUCUCAGAGAAACCCCCAGGUUCGUGCAGACGUUGACUGAGAAAGGCAUUGCUGGCCGGCAGUAUUAUCCGUUGAAAAGUGAUCCCGAGGCGCAGACGAUUGGCUGGAACUGGCAAGAUUCGUACGGAUUUGACAUUGAGCCAGGCGAUUCCCUCGAAAUUCAAAGGCACAAAGUAGAGCAUGUGCUGGAGAUGCGGCUGUCAGCCAAGGCGGAAUGGCAGCCCAACGGAGCACUGCAUGUCAUCCAGCAUCUUCCAGCCGUUCGUCAGAUCGAAUCCACUGGACAGAUUGUGCCUUUCAAUGGGCUCGGUGGUGUUUACGGCCGUCAAAGAGACAGGGGGGCGUUGAAUCCUCCACACCGUGGGACAGAUGGCAACUACCAUUUGCCGACAACUUAUGGUGACGGUACCGAGAUUCCGAGAGAGUAUCUGGAGAAGCUUUUGGAGAUCUCUGAUGAUAUCGGCUUCUUGGUGCCCUGGGAAGAGGGAGACGUGGCUCUCAUCGACAACUACACGGUCCAGCACGCUCGAUCGCCGUGGGUUGGGAAGCGGUCAUUGCUGGUCAGUCUGUGGGAUGGGCAUGAAAAGUUUGUGCCGGUGCAGAGCUAG